AUGCCUCAGGACGUCAUCUACAUCAAGGGUGCCCGCGAGCACAACCUCAAGAACAUCGACGUAACCAUCCCCAGAGACCGCUUGGUGGUUAUCACCGGCGUCUCCGGAUCGGGCAAAAGCAGCCUCGCCUUCGACACCAUCUACGCCGAGGGACAACGGCGUUACGUCGAAUCCCUGUCGGCCUAUGCCCGUCAGUUCCUUGGUCGCAUGGAUAAACCCGAUGUCGACUACAUCGAGGGAUUGUCGCCUGCCAUCUCCAUCGACCAGAAGGGAGUUUCCCACAACCCCCGUUCCACGGUUGGGACGGUUACUGAGAUUUACGACUACCUCCGGCUCCUGUUCGCCCGCAUCGGCAAGCCCCACUGCCCCAAGUGCGGCAACCCGGUGGCCCGCCAAACCGUACAGCAGAUUGUCGAUGCCAUCCUGAAUCUGCCCGAAUCGUCACGCAUCACCCUGCUGGCUCCCAAGAUUCGCCGCAAGAAGGGCGAGCAUCGCGAGGUGUUCGAAGCCACCCGUCGCGGAGGUUUCGUCCGCGUGCGCGUCAAUGGCGAUGUGAUGCUGGUCGAAGAAACCGACGCCCUCACCCUCGACAAGCAGAAGUGGCACUACAUCGACAUCGUGGUCGACCGCCUGAUCAUCCGCAGCGACACCGAAACCAGCCGGGUUACCGAGUCGGUGGAAACCGCCCUGCGCGAGGGCGAAGGUGUCCUCACCGUGGCCCGGGAGGGCGACGACGAUAUCGUGUUCAGUGAACAGUUCGCCUGCGUCGCCUGCGGUGUCAGCCUGCCCGAGAUCGAGCCGCGCACCUUCAGCUUCAACAGCCCCCACGGAGCCUGCUCGACCUGCACCGGCCUGGGCUACCAGUUAGAAGUGGACCCCGGCCUGGUGAUUCAAAACCGCUCCCUGUCCCUGCUGGAAGGCGCCAUCGUUCCCUGGGCCCGCUCCGGCGCUGCCAAUGCCUGGUACGCCAGCAUGAUGGAAGCCGUGGCCAGCGAGUUCGACUUCUCUCCCCAGAUUCCCGUGCGCGAACUCACCGACGAUCAGAUGAACGUCAUCCUCUACGGCGCCGGCAAGCUCAAGGUGCAGGUGCGCCAUCGCACCGGUCGCGGCCGCACCUACGCCUGGAACACCACCUACGAGGGUGUAAUCCCUAACCUGCAGCGCCGUUACCGCGACACCGAGUCAGACCACACCCGCAGCGAGAUCGAGCGUUAUAUGGCCCAACGGGCCUGCCGAUCCUGCGACGGCGCCCGCCUGCGGCCCGAAGCGCUGGGCGUUCUGGUCUGCGGCCAAAACAUCAUGGAGGUAACCGGCCUUACCAUCGGCCAGGGCCUGCGCUGGAUCCGCAGCAUCAAACCGGGCGCUGACCCAUCGGAAAAUGGUUCGGUAAACGGGCACAGCGAAACCAACGGACACGAGCCCACCGCAACCCUGGUACCCGCCGAAGCCGCUCCCACCAACGGAACCGCGACCCGGCGCCGGCGCACCCGUCGCAACGCGCUACCCGCAACACCGGCGCCCGCCACGCUUACCGAGCGGGAUAUGACCAUCGCCGACCAGAUUCUCAAAGAAAUCGAAGGUCGUCUGCAUUUCCUCGACAGCAUCGGUCUCGACUACGUGACCAUGAGCCGCACGGCCCGCACGCUCUCCGGCGGCGAGGCGCAGCGGGUUCGGCUGGCCACGCAGAUCGGCAGCGGAUUGACCGGCGUGCUCUACGUCUGCGAUGAGCCCACCGUUGGCCUGCACCCCCACGACGACCAUCGACUCAUUGGCACCCUCACCCGCCUGCGCGACAUGGGCAACACCGUCAUUGUUGUUGAGCACGACGACGCCAUGAUGCGCGCCGCCGACUAUAUCGUGGAUUUGGGGCCAGGGGCCGGCGAACACGGUGGCGAAAUCGUGGCCACCGGCGACGUGGCCGCCGUCAUGAAUAACGUCAAUUCGCUCACCGGCGCUUACCUCAGCGGUCGCAAAAGCAUCCCGGUUCCCGAAGAACGCCGCACCGGCAACGGCCUGGCCAUCUCCGUCACCGGAGCCCGCGAAAACAACCUCAAGGGCAUCGACGUGGAGUUCCCCCUCGGAUUGCUGGGCUGCGUCACCGGUGUGUCGGGCAGCGGCAAAAGCACGUUGGUAUAUGACAUUCUGUACAAACGCCUCGCGCAGGCCGUGGCCCAGGGUCGCGACCGUCCCGGCGACCACGACGACGUAACCGGCAUCCACCACAUCGACAAGGUGGUCAACAUCGACCAGUCGCCCAUCGGACGCACGCCUCGCAGCAAUCCGGCAACCUACACCGGCGCAUUCACACCCAUCCGGGAGUUGUUCGCAACCCUGCCCGAAGCACGCAUACGCGGUUACAAGCCUGGCCGUUUCUCGUUCAACGUCAAGGGUGGCCGAUGCGAAGCCUGUCAGGGCGAGGGCUACAUCCAGAUCGAGAUGCAGUUCCUCCCCGACGUAACCGUCCCCUGCGAAAUUUGUCAGGGCCGGCGCUACAACCGGGAGGCCCUGGAAGUUACUCUGCGCGACCAGUCCAUCGCCGACGUGCUGUCCAUGACCGUGGAAACCGCCCUGGAUUUUUUCUGGAACUUCGCCCGCAUCCGCAACCGGCUGGAAACGCUGCGCGACGUGGGUUUGGGUUACAUUCGCCUCGGCCAGCCGGCAACCACCCUGUCCGGCGGCGAGGCGCAACGGGUCAAGCUGGCCACCGAACUGUCGCGCCGCGCCACCGGUCGCACCCUGUACCUUUUGGAUGAGCCCACCACCGGACUGUCCUUCGAAGACUGCGCCGCUCUGUUGCGAGUGCUGCACCGGCUCGUCGAUCAGGGCAAUUCGGUGUUGCUCAUCGAGCACAACCUGGACCUGAUCAAGAACGCCGACUGGGUCAUCGACCUAGGUCCCGGUGCGGGCCACGAGGGCGGCAACCUGCUGGCAUGUGGCACUCCCGAGAUGCUGGCGGAGUGCGAGCAGUCGCACACGGGCCGUUACCUGCGCCGCAGCCUGGGCCUGGAGACCAUCGCCGCCGUCAGCGCCGAUUAG